UUGUUUUUCUAGCUUUUUUAUCAUUAUAAUCCCAUCAUUAUUAAAUAAUAAUUUGUUAAUUUUUUUAAAAAAAAUAGUGCUUAGCGUACUUCCCCUUUAUUCCCUUUAUCUUUUCUAAAAUAAAUUUUUUUUAAAUUUUAUAAACGGCCGAAAGGUUUAACUAAAUAUUUUUUUCCAACGAAUUUUAUUACGAUACGAAAUAUACUCCUUCUUGGGAAUAGAAGCAACUUGCGCAUAUGUGGGCCAAAGUUUUAGAUCUAAAUUACGAUUUAGACAAAUUAUUCUUUGACAUGUCGAGUCAUGCCUUCAAAUCCGAUUUUUGGAACCAUAAAUCACAUUUUUCGAACGGACCUUAUGAUUCGGGAAAUUUUUUAAAUAAAUCCAAUGAUUUUUCGUCGAAUUCUUCCAGUUUAAAUGCUGAAUCCUUUUUUAACAAUCGUAAUCGGCGGGAUCCGAAUCACACAUUUACACGCCAAGUGAUUCGUUAUUUUACUCUGAUGAAAGACAAAUUACGUGGCAAUAAUGGCAAACUUUGUAAAAACGAACGUUUUCAAUACUUUCGAUGCGACAAUCAACAGCUCAAUUUUGGAAGGGAAGAUCGGUACACCGAAAAUUAUGGACAAAACGUGUACUCACAGCAGGUUAAUCUGCCUAAUCAAAAAGUUGAGUGUCAAUCGUACAUGUCAUCGGCUCAAGCAAUAAAGAAAUUGCAUUUACAAUGCAUGGAGAAAAAUGAGUGUAAAGAUGUUCGCUCCUAUUCGGAAACCCGGGUUGGCCAUGUCAAUUAUAACGGUGGGUACAGCAAUAUACACGAAGUCCCAACGCAGGUGAACGCGGAAGGAUUGGCUAAUACGCAAAAGGUACCUCUCUUCACCCACAAUAUUUUCGGACACGGUGAAAUAUCAGCUAUUCAAAUUAGUAGUCGUAAUUAUAAAAAAUCUAACCAACCACCAAACCGUUUAAAAAUUGAAAGCUAUUUAUCCGACAAUCGACAAAUGAGCCUACAUGAACAAUGUUUACCAACUACCAAUUAUGGCGCUAAAAAUGAUCGUCAGACAUCAAAAAAUACGAUAUUAUCCGAAAACAAAAUACAUAGUUCUAUAUCAGCUGAUUCGGAUUCAUUUAUACUGGCUCCUGUAUGCAAAGACAAGGUAAAUCACUGCCAAUUAUCGAAUAUUCCUAUUCCCGUACAUUUUGUCAAAAAUAAGACUCAUGAUAUCCACGGUUUAGCAUAUCGGCCAGAAUAUAUACCAAUUCCUGUACAAAUAAUUAAUGAUAGGGCCAAUCGCGACAAAUUUUUUCAUUCGCCUUUUAGUCCCGCUCGCGUAACCAAAAAAUCGCGUUUAAAUAACUACUCUCUUAAACGUUCGCAGCCAACAAGUAGACCACACAAUUUCAAAAAAAAUUGCUGCCAGGUAAAAAGUACCAUCCCAAUAAUAGUCGAGCCUGAUAGCGAUGUUCUUUCUUCGAACGAAAAUAUCAAUACAUUAGUGUCGCGAAAUGUUCCUGCCUCAUCGCUCGAAAUUAAAGAAAUAGUUAACCCUUCACGUAAUAAGCAUGCCGACAACAUAUUGCCCGACACCUUGUCAGUCCCCAAUUUAAAUUCUUCUACGAAAAAAUCGAGAAAUGGAAGUCUACGGGAUAAAUUUUGGGGUGAGACGAGCAGUUUUUCCGAAUUUAAUCACGAAGGAAAGGUGAAAAAAAUUUUCGGUUUUUAUAAAUCGACCAAAUCUUCCUUAACUAACCGAGCGGCAUUCGAAAAAACGCGAGAAUCAUCUCUCGUUAAUAAGACGAGUGAGAUUCAACCAAAGCUACUCAUAAGAUACCCUAAUCUUAAGGCAUGUGUUAUCGACGAAAAUAUUUAUGAGAAAGUCGAUAAGUUUCAAGAUCACAUGUACACCCUGCCGCUCAAAAUAAGUCAUUCGGAAGCAUCUCAUAAUAACUCUCAAAAAAAUUAUUCGAAUGCGCGUUCUAGCGUGAUCGGAGGUUCUUUUACAGACGAAGAUAGCUCGGAUUUUAGUUCCAUUACGAGCGUAUUAUCCGUUUCAGAUUGUAAUCAGCCCUCGCCUAGUAAUCAGCCCUCGCCUAGUAAUCAGCCCACCUUAAAACGCAAGGAUUCUCCCGACAAUAUAUCUUGUAAUUCAACUACCGUCAAAAUAACAAACGAACAUAAUAAAAAUUUUUCGCCCUCUAAAUAUCAAAAUAUUGACCAACAAAGUUAUAUUACUCAAUCUGUCAUAAAAAAUCUUAAUAUGGAUGUUAUUAAAAGUGACUGGAAGCCAAAACCUGUUAUCAACUCAAACAUUAAAUCCUGGCUUGAUAAUAACCAGCGCGCGCCUUUUUCUAAAGAAGAAUACAAAUGUCAUAUGUCCAACUGCAAGCUUUUCACCAGCACAGAUGUCAAGAAAAUAUCCUGCAAUUUGAAGUACUUGGAGGCAGGAGAUUUAUUAAUCCCCCCUCGUUUAAUGCCAUCUAUUCAAAAGAAACCCGUUACCAAAAAACCCUUAUUUUCUAAUGUUACCGUGACAAUCAAGAAAUCAAAUAACUCUUUUUCUCAUUUUUUUAUACCCGUUAUAUGUCGAUAAAAACUUUUUUUACACGAAUUCUCAAAUCUUAAAUGUUACUUAUAAUAUGUCAAUCGUUAAUUUGUUAAUCAUAAUUAUUGUAAUUUAUAGAAUUUAAUAUAAAAUAUGAAAAUUAUUUUAUUACCUAGGGUGUUUCGUAUGAUAUUUUGGUCUAUAUAAAAGAAAUAUUACAACGGCUGAUUUAUUUAAAUUUAUAUUCGUCUAUUUAUAAUCACAUGACCUGUCAGUAUAACAUUAUUUUACCUAUCCCAUAUCUCUCAAACCUUUAAAUAACCCUAACUCAUAUCUCUAACCUUUAGUCACACUAUUUUUAAAAAAUUUCCUUCAGUUAAACAAUCCUUGAGUUGAGCGAUAAUCGUUACGUAUAUAUAAUAUAAGCGGAUAAAUUUUAACUUAAA